CAUGGCUGACAGCAAGGCCAAGUCUGCCAAGGCCGCCAACAAGACACCCCCCAAGUCUCCGGGGGACCCCGCAAAGGACCGGGCAGCCAAGAGGCUGUCGCUGGAGACGGAAGGGGCCACAGAGGGGGCGGCUGCCGCGGCCCCGGAGCUCAGCGCCCUGGAGGAGGCCUUCCGGCGGUUCGCGGUGCACGGGGACACCAGGGCCACCGGGAAGGAGAUGCACGGCAAGAACUGGUCGAAGCUGUGUAAGGAUUGCCAGGUCAUCGACGGGAAGAACGUGACCGUCACAGACGUGGACAUCGUCUUCAGCAAAAUCAAAGGGAAGUCCUGCCGGACCAUCACAUUCGAGCAGUUCAAGGAGGCACUUGAAGAACUCUCCAAGAAGAGAUUCAGAGACAAGAACAGCGAGGAGGCUGUCCGCGAGGUGCACAGGCUCAUCGAGGGCAAGGCCCCCAUCAUCUCGGGGGUGACGAAAGCCAUCUCGUCGCCCACCGUAUCUCGGCUCACGGACACGACCAAGUUCACGGGCUCCCACAAGGAACGCUUCGACCCAUCAGGCCGGGGGAAGGGCAAGGCAGGCCGUGUGGACCUGGUGGACGAGUCGGGCUAUGUGCCAGGCUACAAACACGCAGGCACCUACGACCAGAAGGUGCAGGGGGGCAAGUAG